AUGUCCUUCAAGUUAGAUCCCUUCUCUCAGCCACACCAUUCUGUUGCGGAAUUCUUGGCAUUGUGUACUGAGCAACUUUUCACCCGUUUUAUGCUUGUUCCUGUGAUGAUGCCCAUCCAUUCUCUCCCAGGUUCAUCUACCAUGACCUCCUUUACUGAUCCAGAGUUGGCAGAUUUUGAAGCCAUGGAUUUGGAUGCUCAGUUGGACAAGCUUGAGAAGCUCAGCUCCACUCCUGGUAAAGCUAAAUCCAAGGCAGUGGAUGAGGAUGUGGAUAGAGUGAAAAUCUGGCAAUUUGCCAAGCUGGAUCUGGAUGAUAGUGGUGAGGCCUUUGACCAUUUGAUGAAAGAUAUGGACCUGCUCCAUAGGGAGAACAUGGCUCCCAGGCCUAUCCUUGAGCUCAACUUGGGCCUAGCUAGGGAUGUGCUCAAUCCAUACAAUUGCUAUGAGGAUCUCAAGCACUCUUUCAAAGCCUCUGAGUUCUGCAAGGCUAGUCAUAAAGCCAACUUGGCUGAUUAUGCAAAGCAGAAGGCAGAACAGGACUAG